CCAUCAGUCCGAUCCCACUACAGAAAACGCCAAAAUGUAUCACCAGGGUUCAUGAAUGGGGAUAAAGUGCGCACCUCCUACCGGUGCACACACCACUCUCCAAGCCAUCACUCUGCUACCGUGCGCUCUCUCUUUCCAUGGCGAUCUCUCUACAGCUCUGCCGUAUCCCCACUCGUACGGACUUCCUCUCGCCGGAGAGCCUCAGCGGACCCCGAGCUCUUAAUUCCAGGAGGCCUCUCUCCGUCCGGUGCGCCGGGGAUUCUUCCUCUUCGUCUUCGUCUUCUUCGGUGGCGGUGGACUCCGACUUCGACGCGAAGGUGUUCAGGAAGAACUUGACGAGGAGCAAAAAUUAUAAUCGGAAAGGCUUCGGUCACAAGGAGGAGACUCUGGAGCUCAUGAACCGCGAGUACACCAGUGACAUCAUAAAGACUUUGAAGGAAAAUGGAAAUGAGUAUACAUGGGGAAGUGUUACCGUGAAACUGGCGGAAGCUUACGGUUUUUGCUGGGGCGUUGAGCGGGCUGUCCAAAUUGCUUAUGAAGCUAGGAAACAGUUUCCUGAUGAGAAGAUCUGGAUUACCAAUGAAAUCAUUCACAACCCAACUGUUAAUAAGUGCUGGAUUCCGAGGAAGAUAGGUGUAGACCUUCUUAUAUGGGUAUCAAUCAUAUAUUCUUACUAUUUAUUGCAGCGGUUAGAGGAGAUGGAGGUGCAGAAUAUUCCCGUUGACGAAGGGAAGAAGCACUUUGAAGUUGUAAAUAAGGGUGAUGUUGUGAUUUUGCCUGCUUUUGGAGCUGCGGUGGAUGAGAUGUUGGCUUUGAGUGAUAAAAAUGUACAAAUUGUCGAUACAACUUGCCCAUGGGUGUCUAAGGUAUGGAAUAUUGUCGAGAAGCACAAGAAAGGAGAUUACACCUCAAUCAUUCAUGGAAAAUAUGCUCAUGAAGAAACUGUAGCAACUGCAUCUUUUGCAGGAAAGUAUAUUAUCGUCAAGAGUAUGGCAGAGGCAACGUAUGUUUGUGACUACAUCCUUGGAGGUGAACUUAAUGGAUCUAGCUUAACCAAAGAGGAGUUUCUAGAGAAAUUUAAAUAUGCAGUUUCAAAGGGGUUUGAUCCAGAUGUUGACCUGCUAAAAGUUGGCAUUGCAAAUCAAACAACAAUGCUCAAGGGAGAGACAGAAGAGAUUGGAAAAUUAGUAGAGAGGACAAUGAUGCGUAAGUAUGGAGUGGAAAACAUUAAUGAGCACUUCAUAAGCUUCAAUACCAUUUGUGAUGCCACUCAAGAGCGCCAAGAUGCGAUGUAUAAGCUGGUAGAUGAAAAGCUAGAUCUUAUGUUGGUGAUUGGUGGGUGGAACUCAAGCAAUACCUCACACCUGCAAGAGAUCGCAGAGGCCUGUGGAAUCCCCUCAUAUUGGAUUGACAGCGAGCAGAGAAUAGGUCCUGGAAAAAAAAUCUCAUAUAAGCUUAAUCAUGGGGAGUUGGUUGAGAAGGAAAACUGGCUGCCAGAGGGUCCCAUAACAAUUGGUGUAACAUCUGGUGCCUCCACUCCGGAUAAGGUUGUGGAGGAUGUUCUUGUCAAGGUAUUCGACAUCAAGCGUGAAGAGGCCUUGCAACUAGUGUAAAAUUAGGUUGGUCCAGAUGCAAACAUCAGCCGGAGAGUAUUGUUGUAACAACACACAACUAAAGAGGUGUAUAAAUAAAGGAUCUAUGUUAUAAAGCCCCGUUGUACCCUAUAACAUUUUAAUUUUUACCUUGGGAUUGAAAUGUUCAGAGCUUCUCAA